GAGACUGAAUCUUGGAGGUGAACAUGAUUGAGCUUGAGAAAUGCUUGAGGAUCUGAGUGAAGAUGGUUGUUUCGGUGAAAGCAGCGAUAUUGAGGAGAUGGGGGCGGGCCCGCCUUAUAUGCAACCGCGGAAGCAGCUGUCUCAGACACUGAGCGCAUCCACGGACCGCAAGUCACUCCGUGGAAUGGAGAUGUGGUCCGUAUUGACCAGAUUAGAAGGUCAUCCUGAGGGUUUCUGACGAAGAGUGGGAGACCAGGAGCGUCGAAUGUAAGAUACUGCCUCAUUGUUGCCAGAUCCGAGCGUGUGUUCUGCAAGUUUUAUGUCGUUCGCAAAUUUCAGAGUUCCAAUCUUCCAAGAGCCGAAAAUAUGUCUCAGAUAUUGAGAGAGGCCACGGAUAUAAUAAUUCGGUAGCUCCAUUGCCCGAGAUGAGACAUGAGUUUGAGCGUAAUAGUCGCAGCAAGAAACAUGCUGAUCGAGUCCCUUGAAAGAAAGCGACAGGAACUGUUGUUUUCUGCUGCAUCCUUGAGAUUUCGGCUUCUCGAACUCAGACUGCAGAAAAGAGAGGGAGAGUGUCAAAUAGCUAGUUGUGAUCGCAGUAGGCAACAGCAAAGCGACAAAUACGUCACAACAUGGUGAAACGCUUCGCGCCUUGAAAAGGCAAGUCGACUGAGAAACAGAUCUCGAGUAAAGGGUUAUCGUUCUUCAAAGCUCGGAUAGACCAGUCAUAAUUGCAAAAUAUUCCGAGCUAUUUAUUUUUCAGCGCCGAGCCGUUCACAUAUUGCACCCCCUGCUCACUUUACUGAAGGUCCUUAUCACCGGGAUCGUCUGUUGAAUGAGAGGCCAUACAGAGCCAGCUCUAGUGGUCAUCCAUGGGCUCCUCUGACUCGAGAGUUGAAAACUCGACUGUAGUCAUGUGUCUUCAUCACCAAUCACCUGUCAUUGAUUUGCCCAUCCUUGCGUUCCGUUCGCCAAUACGGUAGCAUCGGCCUCCAACUCCUCCCCUCUACUCAUAUCGCGAAAGAGCGCUUGCAACUUGUUUGCCCGUGUGUAUCCCGGUCACCAAUCAUCGAUCUCCUUCGGCUUCUCGAAAUUCCGUAUGCAUCCCGAAACAAGAUCUAAAACGGCUGCAGUCCAACGGCCUCGAUAGAUCAACUGAAUCACUCUCGACAUGCCCGUUCCCAUUGCCGAUAGAUCCAUCCGCAUCUGCGCUGACCGAGGUGGGACAUUCUGCGAUGUUCACGCAUCCUACCCCGACCCGGAGAAUCCGAGCCAGAGGAAGGAGCUCGUCGUGAAGUUGUUGUCCCAAGACCCAGCAAAUUACCAAGAUGCACCAACUGAGGGGAUUCGACGUGUCCUGGAGAUCGUGACCGAGACUGAGAUCCCGCGGGGCGCGGUUUUGGAUACAGACAAGAUCGACUACAUCCGGCUCUCAACUACCGUCGCAACCAACGCUCUGCUUGAACGCAAAGGGCACAAACAUGCACUGCUCAUCACCCGCGGGUUCAAGGAUCUGCUGCUCAUUGGCAAUCAAUCGCGACCGAAGAUCUUCGACCUUAACAUCCGGCGCCCGAAUCCGCUGUACGAAAAAGUCGUUGAAGUGGACGAGCGCGUCACAAUCGUGGGCUACACAUCAGAUCCGAAGGCAGAAGAGCACGCCGUUCAAUUUGACGGGGAGGGCAACAUCACUCGAGGAUACCGCGGAAAGGGAUGGGACGGUGAAGGCGAGGCGGAAGGCCCGGGAGACGUUGUUCAGGGUCUGUCGGGGGAGGCAGUGAGGAUCUUGCGUGUUCCCGAUCGAAGCAGGGUGAAGGGCGAUCUGGAAGCGCUCUAUGCAGAGGGAUACCGCUCGAUCGCCAUCGUUCUCGCCCACUCAUACACCUACCCCAGCAUGAGCGGAUGCUAGGUGAACUUGCGAGAGAGGUCGGCUUCACUCAUGUCUCUGAAAGCGCUCGUCUGUUGCCGAUGAUCAAGAUUGUGCCUCGGGGGUGUCCUCGACUGCAGACGCAUAUCUAACACCCAUUUUGCGAGAAUAUCUUGACGGGUUCUUCGCUGGGUUUGACGAGAAGCUGAAAGAUGGCAAGCUGCGCAGUCCGCGGGUCGAGUUUAUGGGCAGUGAUGGUGGUUUACUGGACCUGGACAACUUCUCCGGGCUGAAGAGUAUCCUCAGUGGUCCAGCUGGUGGCGUCGUCGGGUACGCUCUCACCAGCUGGGAUGAAACAGAACGGAAACCUAUCAUUGGGUUGGUGGUACUUCAACUGACGUUUCUCGCUUUGAUGGACGGUACGAAGUUGUGUAUGAGACCACGACUGCUGGCGUAACCAUCCAAUCACCUCAACUGGACAUCAACACUGUCGCGGCGGUGGAGGAUCUUGUCUGACAUUCCGAAAUGGACUGUUCCUUGCUGGCCCUCAUAGUGCUGGAGCCGAGCCAGGGCCAGCUUGUUAUCGGUGUGUCACACAAAGAGUGCUGGUCUAAAUGCUCACCAGGGCUUGCAGAAAGGGAGGCCCACUGGCUGUUACCGACGCCAACUUGCUUCUCGGGAGACUCGUGCCGGACUUUUUCCCGAAAAUCUUUGGCAAAUCUGAGAAAGAGUCUCUGGACGUCGAGGCGUCUCGGACGGCAUUCGACAAGUUGGUUUCCGAAAUCAACGAGUCCAGCCAGACCCAGCUGUCGUUUGACGAGAUUGUCUAUGGCUUCAUCAAGGUCGCAAAUGAGACGAUGUGUCGACCGAUUCGUGCAUUGACUGAAGCUCGAGGAUACGCAACAUCCAAGCAUGCUCUGGCGAGUUUUGGCGGUGCCGGUGGCCAGCAUGCCUGUGAAAUCGCAGAACUGCUCGGAAUCAAGACGAUUCUUAUCCACCGAUACAGCUCGAUUCUCUCAGCAUAUGGGCUCGCCCUGGCCGACCGAGCGUACGAGCUGCAAGAGCCGUCCUCGACAUUUUAUGGGGAGAACACGCAUAAGACCCUCGUUGGCCGACUCGACAAGCUGACAGCGGAUGUGCGGGCCGAACUGGGGCGACAGGGUUUCGAGGGCGAGCGCGUGCAGGUGGAGAGGAUGCUGAACAUGCGUUUCGAGGGCACCGACACCGCGCUGAUGGUGCUGCCUUCCGCCCAAGAUGGGAGCGGGGAGGAGGACUUCGAGGCUGCGUUCAAGCGGGUGUACAAAUCUGAAUUCGGCUUCCUGCUGGAGACGAAGAGCAUUAUCGUCGACGACAUCAAGGUCCGCGGCAUCGGCAAGACCUUUGACACUCUCGGCGAAUCUGUCUACUCCGAAGUAGCCCGUCUCACGCAGCAGCCUGUUGGGGAAACGGAGCUCAAGUACAGCGUGUACUUUGACCAGAUCGGACGCGUGGAUGAGACUCCCGUCUUUCUGCUCGACCAGCUGCAUACGGGCGAUGUGGUGGCGGGCCCGGCGAUGAUCAUCGACAACACCCAGACGAUCGUGCUGGUGCCCGGAGCGACAGCUGUAUUGACCAGCAAGCACUUGUAUAUCACGCUCAAAUAGAUGUACGUUAUGUAUGCGGAAAAAAUGGGCACCUUAUCUUUCAUUCUGGG